UUCCUCAGGGAUAGUGACAGCAAUUAUAAGAUGCCCCGGAACUGCUCUGCUCAAGACAUUCUCCACAUAACACUGGAGAUGCUGUUUGAAAAUGCCCCGCUAAGCGAGUCACUAGCCAGGAGCCCCUGCGAAGGCCUCUUUGCUGCCAUGGAUGUGGAGAGUGGAGCAGUACCCAAUGCAACCUUUACAAAGAUGUUUCAACUUGCCAUAAUGAACUUGAAGCUGUCUCCGGAGUUUGAUGUUGUCUACAAGCACAACCGGGAACGUUUUUCCAAGGAGCUGUCGUGCAUCGUGCAGUCUUUGCAAUUUUCCCUGAGCUUCCUCUCGAGCUUAGACCUUGUCUCUGAGCAACAUUCCUCUUGGAUGCAGCAGAAGACCAAGGCUCUGACUGCUGUUGCGGAGGGGCUGCUGUUGAGUAAUGCAUCCUGCCCUGCCCCGGUGCUGCAGGAUGUGGGUGGUGUGCUCCCAUCCCAGCUUUUGAACAUUCUCAUUCCUUUUAUGCUAAACGAAACAGGCUUGAAUUCUCUAAGUUUCUCAGGCAGCCCAGCAGACUGGGGUAACUUCUCUGCACUCUUCAGAAAGGCUCAGAAUGAACUCCUGAGGCUCCAGGUUGCCUUCAACCUCACUGAGUGGAGUUACUCCACACGCCUUUGGGAUGUGGUUGACAGUGUGCUAAACACCAAAUGGAAUCUAACAGAAGUGGCUGCCUACGUGAAGUUGUUGGAAGCAAUGACCCACAGUCCUGCCAGUAAUGCAUCAGCUCUAGAAAUCAUGGAAGCCAGUCGUUCCAUUCUCAAGAGACUGAACUCCUCUGAGCUGCUAAAUGAAUUGAAUAUAGGCUCCAGCUCAGCUUCCCUCUCCAACAAAACUGGUUUUGACAGUGUGAUGAACAUUGUUGCCCAUCACUUCCUUGCUAGAGCAGAAACCCUGUUCAACAAGACCCUACCUUGGACUCAGAGUGACCAAAUCCUGUCUCCAGCCAGUCUGAUCACACGAUUUCUGUUUUUAGAAUUUGAAAACACCAUCUUACAGAUGACAGUGAAUAGCAGCUACAAUCCUUACCUGAUGUGUUUAAUAAAUGCCAUCGAAACUGAAGACAGCAAUUUGACAGAAAGCAUCACACUGCUUUUGAAGAAAACUCAUCUGAAAAAUGACCCUUUCAUGGAAAAUAAUACUUCUGAGAAACAUUCAUCCAUACCAGAGCUCCUGAAGCUGAAAAUAUCUGGCCUCCGGGAUCUCACGAGACUUCUUUGUGACUACGAGAGUUUUAAGUCAAUACAACGUAUUUGCCAUCUCCCUAAUGUUAGCUUUGGAGAACUGUGUGAGCAGAGUCAAUCUCAUGAGCAGCUCCUCCGCACUAUUGAACUAAGCAAUCAAUUUGUGACCAAUGUACUGAAUCACAGAAGAGUCUCCCAAGAACUUCAAGAUAUUCUAAUUGGGGAUGCCACAAACAUCCAGUCACAAGUGAAGUGGUUUCAAGAAAAUGUACCAGAAAUUGCUUUCUUUCAAGAGAUUCCUCAGUAUAUGACUACUUUGGAUUCCAUGUUGAACAUCACUGAGAAUUUAAGAGAUACUAGUGAGCAAGAAAAGCUGAGAGAGAUGUUUAAAAAUGUGGACCAGCUCAAAGAGGAUCUCAGAAACACAACAGGAAUGUCCAUAGCCAGCAUUGAUGCUCUCCUGGAAGCAUCUCUUCCAGAAAACAUGACUCAGCUCGUUUCUCAGAUCCUCCAGCUAGAGUCUUGUACUGUCCAUCCCGCUGAACCACAGCUGCAAAGAGUAGCAGAGGAGUUCUGCAAUCACUCUCUUUCAGAGAGGACUCGUAAGAUGUACAUCCUGGGAGUCACUCUCUUACGACAUUUAGACAUUUACAAUUUCCUAUACAAGAUGUUUUUCCCUAAGGAACUUCAAAAACCUGUGGACAAGAUGUUAGGCCUUCUGACACAAAUGAAAUAUUUCAGACACCAGGUUGAAUCUGGCGUGCAUCCGCUGCUACAAGCUAUUCAUUCACUCAAAAAGCUCCGGCAGUCUAGAAAUGUGCCUCUGUCUAAGGCCAUAUCAAAAUCAAUCAACUUUAAGAUAACACAUGGAACAUUUAAUUCCAUGUCAAAAGUUCUCUGCAACCAGGAGAUCGCACCCCUGUUUUUUGAGUCUUUACUUCCUGAUUUUGGAGACCCUGUAAGCAACAGUUCAUCCAUUGAGGAUGUCUAUGUCCAAAAAUUGAUGAGGAAAUACGGGAUUCCUCACGAUUCCACACCAUUCUGUUUAUCCUUUUACCUGGACUUGGUCAAGACCCCAACUGGAGCUUUAAUUUGGUCUUUCUUAAAACCAAUGGUGCUUGGGAAGAUCCUUUAUACACCAGAUACUCCAGGAACUCGAGCAAUCAUGGAGAAGUCUAAUACAACGCUGAAGCAGAUGGCUGACCUAUCGCUGAAGUCCCAGGAAUGGCUGGACAAGUCUCCUGUCAUCAUGAAUUCACUGACUAAGUUAAACGAAACAGUUCCAAUUAUCAAGAACGCCCUGCAGAAUCCCUUUGUGCAGGUUUUUAUCAAGCUCAUGGUGGACUUGGAUGCAGUUGACCUGCUGGAUCAAAUAAAUGAGCUGGAUAAUAUUCGAUUGGAAUUACAGAACAACGCUGGCAUUGUCAAUCAGUUGAAUACAUUAGCUCUGCUUGCUGUAAAUGUGUCCUCCUGCGUCUCGUUUAAUCGCAUUCAAGCAGCCAGAAGCUUGGAGGAAAUGGAAACAAUGGCCAAAGAGCUCUUUUUGAAGAAUGAACUUUUUGCAAGUAUCAUUUUCAAGCUGCCUUCAAGUCAUAGCAGCCCUCAGCACGCUCUCCCUCCGGUGCUCAAUUACACCAUCCGAAUGAGCAGCAGGAUUACUCAAACCACCAACAGAAUAAGGGAGCGGAUCUGGACAGUGGGCCCGCACAAUUCAACCUCGCAGAGCCAGAUUUACAGCCGGGCCUUUAUCUAUAUCCAGGACAGUAUUGAACGAUCCAUUAUUGAAUUACAGACCGGGAAGAAGCUGGAGGAUGUAGCUGUUCAAGUCCAGGCCAUGCCUUACCCCUGCUAUAAUAAGGAUAUGUUCUUAAUCAGUGUGACCUACUCUCUUCCAUUUGCUCUGAUGGCUGCUUGGGUACUGUUUAUAGCUGAUUUUGUUAAAACACUUGUUCAAGAGAAAGAUCUGAGGCUUUAUGAGUACAUGAAAAUGAUGGGCGUUAAUGCCAGCAGCCACUUCAUCGCCUGGUUCAUAGAGUGUGCCAUCUUCCUUUUAAUCACUGUCACCUUCCUCGUCAUCGUUCUGAAAGUAGGUGACAUCCUUCCAAAAACAAACACAGCUCUCCUGUUCCUGUAUCUUAUGGACUACAGCCUCUCCAUCAUAGCCAUGAGCUACUUCAUUAGUGUUUUCUUCAACAACACCAACAUAGCAGCCUUGGUGGGCAGUCUUGUAUACAUCCUCACCUUCUUCCCCUUCAUAGUGUUGCUUGUCAUUGAGAAUCACUUGAGCUUCUCUGUGAAGAGCCUACUGAGCCUGUUGUCUCCAACAGCAUUCAGUUAUGCAAGUCAAUACAUUGCUCGAUAUGAGGCCCAGGGCAUAGGUCUGCAGUGGGACAACAUGUAUAAAUCUCCAAUGAUUGGAGACAACACUUCCUUUGGCUGGAUGUGCUGGCUUAUCCUGAUAGACUCUCUCAUUUACUUCAUUCUAGGAUGGUAUAUAAGGAAUGUUUUCCCAGGGAGAUACGGUAUGGCUGCUCCCUGGUAUUUUCCAUUGCUUCCAUCUUACUGGAUUGAAUACAAUGGUUAUAUCCCCUUCUGGAAUGAGAAACGAAGAGCCUUUCUCUUCACCAAGCUGCUAAAGCAGCACAAAUAUCUGUCCUCUGACCCUUCCUUUGGUGUUGCAGGUGCACCCCCUCCUCAUUUGGAACCAGAGCCCACUGACCUCACCUUAGGAGUCUCCCUCAAGGGUAUAACCAAGAUCUAUGGAUCCAAAGCUGCGGUGGAGAACCUCAGCCUGAACUUCUAUGAAGGGAACAUCACUUCCCUGCUGGGACACAAUGGAGCAGGGAAGACUACGACCAUAUCUAUUUUGACUGGGCUGUUCCCUACAUCAUCAGGUACUAUUGUUGUCUAUGGCAAAGACAUCAAGACUGACCAGGAGGUUAUCAGGAAGAACAUGGGUGUGUGUAUGCAGCACAACGUGCUGUUCAACUACCUCACCACAAAGGAGCACUUGCUGCUCUAUGGGUACAUCAAAGUUCCUCACUGGAGUAAAGAGGACCUCUACCAAGAAGUGAACAGGACUUUGAAGGAGACUGGACUGUAUGGCCAUCGUCAUAAGCUAACUGGUUCCCUGUCCGGGGGAAUGAAGAGGAAGUUGUCUAUAGCUAUUGCUCUCCUGGGUGGAUCAAGGGUGGUGAUACUGGAUGAACCAACCACAGGGGUGGAUCCAUGCUCUCGGAGGAGUAUUUGGGAAAUUAUCUCCAAGAAUAAAAAAGGCAGAACCAUUAUUCUCUCAACGCAUCAUUUGGAUGAAGCAGAAGUACUGAGUGACCGAAUUGCCUUCCUAGAGCAUGGGGGACUCAAAUGCUGUGGGUCGCCGUUCUAUCUCAAGGAAACAUUUGGCGAUGGGUACCACCUGACUCUCACCAAAAAGAAGAACAUGAUAGAGGAGUGUGAUACAGCAGCAGUGACUUCCCUGAUCCAGUCACACCUCCCUGAGGCCUAUCUCAAGGAGGAUAUUGGUGGAGAGCUUGUGUACGUGCUUCCACCCUUCAAGUCGGCAGUCUCUGGGGCCUACCAGGCACUUCUCAGAGCUCUUGAUACCAGUCUGAAUGAUCUUCACCUUGGUUGCUAUGGGAUUUCAAACACAACUGUGGAAGAGGUGUUUCUCAAUCUGACAAAAGAGCUAGGGAAGGACCAGCAAGCAGAUGCUGAACUGCCCCAACAUCUGCCUGGAUCCAGUGGCCAAAUGGGCAGUGAUGAAAUGUCUGUGAGCACAGAUACCUUCACGGAAAGAGACGAUCAGCUCCUGAUCAGAUCCAAAAGCCUCAAGGGUUUGCCCUUGCUGCUUAAGAAGACCUCAGCUCUGUUCAUUAAGAGAUUCCACCACACCCGCCGGGAUGUCAGAGGCUUCAUUGCUCAGGUCAUCCUCCCGGUCCUCUUUGUGACGGCUGCGAUGGGACUCGGAACGCUGAGAACUAAAGAGACGGAAUAUCCAGAACUGAUUCUUUCCCCCUCCUUGUAUGGCACAGCUGACCAGGCAGACUUUUUUGGGAAUUUUAAUGAAACCACAGAUGCUUUAGUUGCUUCAAUGCUUUCUUUCCCUGGAACAGAUAACACAUGCAUGAAUGAAAGCGACUCACGGUGUUUAACGGAGGACAUGCUUGGCCAGUGGAUUACUAACGGAGAUGAAAGAGCCAAGUAUUCUGCCUGUAACUGUACAGAUGGCAUCCAGACUUGCCCACCAACGAACUAUUCUGCCCCUCACCGAAGAACGUUCUCCACGCGGAUGCUUUAUAACCUCACAGGGCACAAUGUGGAGACCUACAUCCUGGCAACUACCAAAGACUUCCUGCAAAAACGGUAUGGUGGCUGGAGCUUUGGGUUGCCUUUGACUCCAGAUCUCCAGUUUGAUAUCAGGCCUGUGCCCCCCAACAGGAGACUGACCAAGGUAUGGUACAACCCAGAAGGCUAUCACAGCCUUCCAGCCUAUCUGAACAGCUUGAACAACUUCCUUCUUCGAGCUAACCUGCCAAAAAAUGAGACUUCCAGAUAUGGUAUUUUCUUAUCAGCUCAUCCAUAUCCUGGAGGACAGAGUCAAGAACAAGUAAUGCUGAACAGCUUGCUUGAUAUCAUCGUUUCAAUGUCUGUUCUGGUCGGCUACUCUAUCACAACAGCCAGUUUUGUGCUAUAUGUGGUAAAAGAGCAUCAAACCAAGGCCAAACAACUGCAGCAUAUUUCAGGCAUUGGAAUGACAAGUUAUUGGCUCACUAACUUUGUUUAUGACCUGGUACUCUUUAUGGUCCCUAUUGGACUCUCAGUAGGAGUUAUUUCAGCCUUUCAGAUACCAGCUUUUUGCAACAACAACAACUUACUGGCUGUAUUUCUUCUGCUGUUACUGUUUGGAUAUGCAACAUUUUCAUGGAUGUACCUGCUGGCUGGGUUCUUCAAAGAAACGGGAAUGGCGUUCAUCGUUUAUGUCUGCGUCAACUUGUUCUUUGGCAUCAAUACCAUCAUUACUCACUCGGUUGUGUUCCUGCUCUCCCAGGAAAAGGCCACAGACCAGGGCUUGCGUGACCUCGCUGAAAACUUGAGGCACGCGUUCCUCCUGUUCCCGCAAUUUUGCUUUGGCUAUGGCUUGAUUGAACUCUCACAGGAUCAGGCCCUGCUGGGCUUCUUAAAAGCCUAUGGAGUGGACUACCCCAACAAAACCUUCGAGCUGGACAAGACCACAUCCAAGCUGCUCGCCAUGUUUAUCCAGGGCACCGUGUUCUUUGCCAUCCGUCUCAUCGUUCAUGAUGGGAUGAUGCAGAAAGUCUGGAGCAACAUAUUAGAAUUCUUGUUUGACAGUGUGCAUGGCAAAGCGUCACUUUUGCCACCCGUGGCCGAAGAGGAUGAGGAUGUCCGGGGGGAGAGGCACCGAGUGGAGUCCGGCAAAGCUGAUUUUGAUGUGGUACAGCUCCAGAAUCUCACAAAGAUCUACCACCUCCCUCACAAACGCAUUAUGGCUGUUAAAAACAUCAGCCUGGGGAUUCCUGCCGGAGAGUGCUUUGGUCUGCUUGGUGUGAAUGGUGCUGGAAAGACAACCAUCUUCAAGAUGCUGACAGGUGAUAUUGGAGCUUCCAGCGGAAGGUUGCGGGUCCAGGACCAUUCUGGGUCCUUGAAUGACAUUGGUGAGGCACACUGGUCUCUCUUUGGCUACUGUCCCCAAGAAGAUGCCUUGGAUGACCUGCUGACGGUGGAAGAGCACAUGUAUUACUAUGCUAGGCUUCAUGGCAUUCCCGAGAGAGAGAUCAAAGGAAUAGUACUCCAGCUUCUCUACAGGCUGAAUCUAAUGGCCUACAAAGACAGAGUCACCUCUAUGUGCAGUUAUGGCACGAACAGAAAACUGUCAACUGCUCUGGCUCUCAUUGGAAAUCCAUCAAUUCUGCUGCUGGAUGAACCAAGCUCUGGAAUGGAUCCAAAUGCGAAGCGCCACCUCUGGAAAAUCAUCAGUGAGGAAGUGCAGAACAAAUGCUCAGUCAUACUCACAUCCCACAGCAUGGAGGAAUGUGAAGCCCUCUGUACCAGGCUGGCUAUUAUGGUGAAUGGAAGUUUUCAGUGCAUUGGCUCCCUGCAGCAUAUCAAGAGCAGGUUUGGAAGAGGAUUUACUGUGAAGAUGCACUUAAAUAGCAACACAGUUAGCACAGAGAUGCUGACACAAUUUAUGAAGUCACACUUCCCAAAUACAUGCCUGAAGGAUCGGCAUUUCAACAUGGUGGAGUAUCAUAUUCCAGUCUCUGCAGGAGGGGUAGCAAACAUAUUUGAUCUUCUGGAAAGCAACAAAGCAGCUUUCAAAAUCAGGCACUUCUCAGUGAGUCAAACAACGUUAGAGGAGGUUUUCAUCAACUUUGCUAAAGAUCAAGCAGAUCCUGACAGUGCAGAUGCUGGUCCUGAUGUGACAUCGGACUGCUGUGACAUAAGUAGCCAAGGCAGCACCAUAAGCUCCAUCUACUGAAGGGACCUCACCACAGGGUAUCAAAGGCUGGGAAUAG